CCGCGCUACGGAGGAGGCGGGGAAACCGACUUGCCCUGCUGCUCCGGAAGCGGCGGGGCUACGGAAGGAGGCGGGUGGGAAGUGAGCGGAGUCUUUGCGUAUCUUCUCUGCGGAGGCUGCUUCGUGACAACGAACGAUGGGCAAGAAGGAAAGAGAUAAGAAGAAAUCUAAAAAACGGCAUUAUGAGGAAGAGGAUGAAGAAGACUAUGAUAUCGCAGGCAAAGACUCCCAGGAAGCAGUUCCCUCCGCAGCAGGGAAACAAGUCGAAGAUUCUGGAACCAAAGUGGAUGAAUAUGGAGCAAAAGAUUACAGGAGUCAAAUGCUGCUAAAGACUGAUCAUUCCUCACGCCCGCUGUGGGUGGCUCCUGAUGGUCAUAUUUUCCUUGAAGCUUUUUCACCUGUUUACAAGUAUGCGCAGGAUUUUCUGGUUGCCAUUGCUGAGCCAGUUUGCCGACCUACUCACAUACAUGAAUAUAAGUUGACUGCUUACUCCCUCUAUGCUGCUGUCAGUGUUGGUCUGCAAACAAGUGAUAUCACUGAAUAUUUGCAAAAACUGAGUAAGACGGGUGUCCCAGAUGGAAUCAUUCAAUUUAUCAAGCUUUGUACUGUCAGCUAUGGAAAAGUAAAACUGGUCCUGAAGCACAACAGGUAUUUUGUGGAAAGCACUCACCCAGAAGUCAUUCAGCAACUUCUCCAGGACCUGGUUAUUAGAGACUGCCGGCUCAGAAACGCAGAGGGGGAAGAAACGGAACUCAUCACGGAAACAUUCACGAGUAAAUCAGCUAUCUCCAAGUCCAGCGAAGGCGGAAGUGGUCCGUCAACUUCACAAGGGACAGAUGUUCAGAUGAAAUCCAAUGUCCCCGCUGACCUAUUUGAGUUCUAUGAACAAAUGGACAAGGAUGAAGAAGAAGAAGAAGAAACCCAGACAGUGUCUUUUGAAGUGAAGCAGGAAAUGAUAGAAGAGCUUCAGAAGCGUUGUAUUCAGUUGGAGUACCCUCUACUAGCUGAGUAUGAUUUCAGGAACGAUUCCGUGAAUCCUGAUAUUAAUAUCGACUUGAAACCCACAGCUGUUCUCCGGCCAUACCAGGAGAAGAGUUUGAGAAAAAUGUUUGGGAAUGGCCGUGCUAGAUCUGGUGUCAUUGUUCUGCCCUGUGGUGCUGGCAAGUCACUUGUGGGAGUAACAGCGGCUUGCACUGUCCGGAAGCGGUGCCUGGUGCUUGGCAACUCUGCUGUCUCUGUGGAACAGUGGAAAGCCCAGUUCAAAAUGUGGUCCACUAUAGAUGACAGCCAGAUCUGUCGAUUUACUUCAGAUGCCAAAGACAAGCCAAUUGGCUGCUCUAUUGCUAUCAGCACCUACUCCAUGUUAGGACACACAACAAAGAGAUCAUGGGAGGCAGAGAAAGUAAUGGAAUGGUUGAAGAGUCAAGAGUGGGGUCUGAUGAUCCUUGAUGAAGUACACACCAUACCUGCAAAAAUGUUCAGGCGUGUGCUCACCAUUGUACAAGCCCACUGCAAGCUUGGGCUGACGGCUACACUCGUCAGAGAAGAUGACAAAAUUGUAGACUUGAAUUUCCUCAUUGGACCUAAGCUGUAUGAAGCCAAUUGGAUGGAGCUGCAGAAUAAUGGCUAUAUUGCUAAAGUCCAGUGUGCUGAGGUUUGGUGUCCAAUGUCUCCAGAGUUCUACAGAGAAUAUGUGGCUAUUAAAACAAAGAAACGAAUACUGUUGUAUACUAUGAAUCCAAACAAAUUCAGGGCCUGCCAGUUCCUGAUUAAGUUUCAUGAGCGAAGGAAUGACAAAAUCAUAGUCUUUGCGGACAACGUGUUUGCCUUGAAGGAGUAUGCGGUUAGGCUGGGCAAACCUUAUAUAUAUGGGCCUACAGCACAAGGGGAGAGAAUGCAGAUCUUGCAGAAUUUCAAACACAACCCCAAAAUCAACACCAUUUUUAUUUCCAAGGUAGGUGACACAUCCUUUGAUCUGCCAGAAGCCAAUGUUCUGAUUCAGAUUUCGUCCCAUGGUGGGUCUCGAAGGCAGGAGGCUCAAAGACUGGGACGUGUGCUGAGAGCCAAAAAAGGCAUGGUUGCAGAGGAGUACAAUGCCUUUUUUUAUUCUUUGGUCUCCCAAGACACUCAAGAAAUGGCAUACUCAACCAAACGGCAAAGGUUUCUAGUUGAUCAAGGCUACAGCUUUAAGGUGAUCACAAAGCUUGCAGGUAUGGAGGAGGAGGAACUUAUGUUUUCAUCCAAAGAAGAACAGCAGCAGCUUCUCCAAAAGGUUUUGCAGGCCUCCGACUUGGAUGCUGAGGAAGAAGUGGUUGCAGGAGAGUAUGGCUCAAAGUCUCAGGUUUCUCGACACCAUGGCACAAUGAGCUCCAUGUCUGGAGCAGAUGAUACGGUUUAUAUGGAGUAUCAAAUGUCACGAAGCAAAGCAUCUUCAAAUAAACAUGUCCAUCCACUUUUUAAACGCUUUAGAAAAUAAUAUAAAGAAAAUGCAUUGGACAGUUCUCACUUUCUGCUGGAGUAAGAAGAGACCUGAAUUUGGUUCAGGCUCCUAAACAGUGGUGAUAGGAUUUCAUAAAGGAAUUAACCAAUGGAUGAAAAAAUGUGAAGCAAUUUGCUUGCAAGUGAAGAUGUAAAUGGACUGUCUUAUUUCUAAAUAAUAUUUCCCAGGUAAUACAGAUUUAAAGUAUUUUUAUUUAACAAUUUUAAAGAUGGUUUCAAAAUAAUUCUGAAAUGGGGAUAUAUUUCUGUAGAUAUUUGUAUCAGUAUAGAGCAAAGUUGGAAAUACCUGAAAGCACUGAAUAAAAAUGUUCUAUAAAACAUA